AUGACCCAUUCAACCCUCAGUCUGAGCUCAAAUGAAGAUUUAACCAACGAUCCUGACAUACAGCCUUACGUGACAAAUAAUGCAAGGUUAAGGCUGAUGCGGUUGUCUGAAGCAGCAGAAAAGCUUCGACGUCAGGCAGCUAUUAGUAUUCAAACUGGAAAAGAAAAGGAUGCAAGGGACCUACUUUUUCAAAAGAAGAAGGUUAUGGAGGCUUUGGAGAAGUCAAAGAGUCGAAUUAAUUUACUUGAUGAGCUUUCCACAAAGCUUAAUGAGGUAUAA